AUGAAGUCAAAUUGUGUCAAGGAGGUGGAGUUAAUACAGGAGGGAAGAGAGCGGCGCCGCCUUCAACAACAGGAGCUCAGGGAAAAGAGAGCACAAGAGAUGGAUGCCACAAUUCCUAACUAUGAGAUAAUGUGCAUGAUUCGAGAUUUUCGAGGCAGUAUAGAAUUUCGUCCCCUGACUACAUCAGAAUUGAUUGAGGCACACAGAAUAUGUGUAUGUGUGAGGAAACGUCCACUUAAUAAGAAGGAGUUGGCCAUGAAAGAUUUGGAUGUAAUCACCAUCCCUACUAAGGAUGUAGUGUUGGUUCAUGAACCUAAACAAAAGGUGGACCAAAGUCGCUAUCUGGAGAACCAUACCUUCUGCUUCGACUAUGCCUUUGAUGACAGCACUACCAAUGAGAUGGUCUACAUGUUCACUGCCAAACCUUUAGUGGAGACCAUUUUUGAGAAAGGCAUGGCCACCUGCUUUGCCUAUGGCCAGACAGGUAGUGGAAAAACACAUACUAUGGGUGGAGAUUUCAAUGGGAAAAACCAAGUCUGCUCUAAAGGAAUAUAUGCACUGUCUGCUCAGGAUGUAUUUCUCAUGUUGGAGAAACCCAGCUACAAGACAUUAGAUCUCCAAGUGUAUGCUACCUUUUUUGAAAUCUACAUUGGAAAGGUGUUUGACCUGCUGAAUCGUAGAGCUGAGCUAAGGGUGCUAGAGGGAACGAAAAAGCAAGUUCAGAUUGUGGGUCUUCAGGAGAAGGAGGCUAAGUGCACAGAGGAUGUCCUUAAACUUAUAGAAGAGGGCAACAGCCACAGAACAUCGGGCAAGACAUCAGCCAAUUCUCUCUCAUCUCGUAGCCAUGCUAUAUUUCAGAUCAUUCUUCGGAGGAAAGGUGAGUUGCAUGGAAAGUUCUCCUUAGUUGACCUUGCAGGAAAUGAAAGAGGAGCUGACGCAUCGAGUGCAGACCGGCAGACACGUCUGGAGGGAGCUGAGAUCAAUAAAAGCCUUUUGGCUCUUAAAGAGUGUAUCAGAGCACUUGGCCGUAACAAGCACCACAUUCCAUUUAGAGCCAGUAAGCUGACCCAGGUGCUGAGAGACUCCUUCAUUGGAGAAAAUUCUCGUACAUGCAUGAUUGCAACAAUCUCUCCAGGUAUGACAUCCUGCGAGACCACACUCAAUACACUACACUACGCAAACAGGGUCAAGGAGCUGACAGUGGAUCAAAACCAAGUGACAAACAUCCAAGCUGUCAAUCAGUUAGAUCUUCUAGACAAGGGGUGCCUGAAAAUCUUGCCGGAGGGAGACAACUUCAAACUGUUUUGUGAGCAGAAUGAGGAGGAAACAUCUCCCCAACUGUUUACCUUCCAUGAAGCCGUGUCUCACUUAGAGGAGAUGGAGCAGGUUUUGGAGGACCACCGUGCCGUUUUCCAGGAGUCAAUCCAGUGGAUGGAGGAUGAAAAAGAGCUGCUGAAGUUGACAGAGGAGGUGGAUUUUAAUAUGGAGUCUUACGCCUCUCAACUGGAGCAGAUCCUUGACCAAAAGAUAGUAGUCCUCACUGAGUUACGAAACAAAGUGAAGUCAGUCCGCUCUGCACUCUAG